AGCGCGCAUGCGCAAAUCGCAGACCUAGCAGCGCGGUGUGUGAGAGAUGGCAUACACAGCUAAAAUUGGGCCCUCGAUUUUGAGUAGCGAUCUUUCCCAGCUGGGGAGAGAAUGUGAACGGAUGAUGGAGUGCGGCGCUGACUAUUUACACCUGGACGUCAUGGACGGGCAUUUUGUUCCGAACAUCACGUUUGGCCAUCCGAUGGUAGAAUGCCUCCGGAAAGCUGUGGGUCCAAAUCCUUUCUUUGACAUGCAUAUGAUGGUUUCUAGACCAGAACAAUGGGUGAAACCAAUGGCAGCAGCAGGAGCCAACCAGUACACAUUUCAUUUGGAGGCCUCUACGAAUCCUGGAAACCUCAUCAAGGAAAUACGUGAGAGUGGCAUGAAGGUUGGUCUGGCUAUCAAACCUGGAACCACAGUUGAAGAAUUAGCACCAUGGGCCGGGCAAAUUGACAUGGCCCUUGUUAUGACUGUGGAGCCUGGAUUUGGAGGGCAGACGUUUAUGGAGGACAUGAUGCCAAAGGUGAGCUGGCUAAGAAGUCAGUUCCCUUCCCUAGAUAUUGAGGUAGAUGGAGGAGUUGGACCAGACACUAUUCAUCGAUGUGCUGAGGCAGGUGCUAACAUGAUUGUGUCAGGCAGUGCUGUAGUGAGCAGUGUGGACCCUCGAUCUGUAAUUGCCCUUCUCAAAGAUGUUGUACUGGAAGCCAUUCAGAAACGAUCUCUAGACCGCUAAUAAUGCCAGCUGGGUUUUUUCCCUAGCUUUCUUUGAAUGGAUGAGUGUAAACUAAUUGAGCUUGUUGAUUGCCUUGGAGGUCAAGAGAUUUUUGUUUGUUUUUUUGAAAAAACCAACAGAGCCUUUAAGAACUUAUAGUUAAUGCUUGCCUCACUAGCAAUAUUGUUCUUUAGUCUUUGUUUUAUAAUGGUAGAUGAGCACCCCUAGAACAAACUGCUCUACUGUUAUACCACUAAAUAUAAGUUUUUAAAUAUUUAGGAAUACAAUAGCCAUUAAUUAGCUUGCACAUUCCAUUUAUUUUUCCUUUAAGAAAAUGUGAAACCAAAUUAAUGUAAAUAAAAGCUAAGGUACACAA